AUGGUGGCUAAAGCUUCUAAUAGGUCUCAAGGGAAGAGAUCAAGUUCAAAGAAAAAGGCUCGACAGAAACUUGUAAAGGAAGGAUCUUCUAACAAAAGACACUUGUCUAGUGAACAAUCGGGCCCAGCAGUACCACAGUCAGAGGUGCCUUCAUCUCAAAAUUCUGUUUCCACUGUCGAGGCCUCUUCAUCAGCGCCUGUCUCGCAGAAAAGGGAGAUUCAACAGACUGAUGCACAUGUCCAGAGUGCUCAAUCACUUCUACAAUCAGUGGCAGAUACAAAAAGUGACGAUGCUGCUGUGGUACCUCCAGAAUCUGUUGUGGACGGUGAUACUGCUGAGUUAACUCCAAGUGGCAAGCAUGCUGAUGGAGAUGUUCCAAAUGACUUUUUGGUGCAACUAUCACCAUCGUUACCCGAAAAAGAAAUUGAGGUCGUUGCCAGUGACAACCUGGUUGAUGCUCCUGUAAAAGGUACACAAGGAGAGUUGGAAGAUUCUUCAACAAAAGACCUGGAUAAACUGGAAUCUGCAGUGCACGCUUCUCCUGUAGACGAAGGGAAUGUGAUUAAAAACACCGGCAAUGAUGCGAAAGUUGGCACCUCAAUCAAUAUGGAUAAAGAUCAGGAACAGAGAAUUGUUGACACCUCAACCAAUCUUGAGAAAGCGCAGGAUCGUAGAGCUGAUACGACCUCCAUUAAGAUUCAAGAUCAACUUGAAGAGGCUCAGGGGUUGUUAAAAGCUACAGUUUCCACUGGGCAGUCAAAAGAAGCCAGGUUAGCAAGGGUUUGUGCUGGACUUUCAUCCCGUCUUCAAGAAAUUAAGGCAGAAAAUGCACAGUUGGAAGAGCUUCUCACUGCAGAGCAAGAGCUUACCAAGUCAUAUGAAGCUAGCAUUAGACAGUUGCAAAAAGAUUUGUCAGCUUCUAAAAGUGAAGUGACGAAAGUAGAGUCAAGCAUGGUUGAGGCACUGGCAGCUAAGAAUUCAGAAAUAGAAGCACUUGUCAGCGCAAUGGAUGCCCUGAAAAAUCAGGCUGCUCUGAACGAAGGGAAACUGUCGUCUCUUCAGGCAGACAUGGAGUCUAUUAUGAGAAACAGAGAAUUGGCUGAGACUAGGAUGAUGCAGGCAUUGCGGGAGGAGCUGGCAACUACUGAAAGGAGAGCCGAAGAGGAGCGAUCUGCACAUAGUGCCACAAAAAUGGCUGCCAUGGAAAGGGAAAGGGAACUAGAGCACAGGGCUGUGGAUGCUUCCACAGCACUUGUUAGAAUUCAGAGAAUUGCUGAUGAAAGGACAACGAAAGUGGCAGAACUUGAACAGAAGGUGGCAUUGCUUGAGGUCGAAUGUACAUCUCUGAAUCAAGAGCUGCAAGAAAUGGAAGUUCGUGCUCGCAGAGGACAAAAGAAGACCCCGGAUGAAGCAAACCAAGUGAUCCAGAUCCAAGCAUGGCAGGACGAAGUGGACCGUGCUCGGCAAGGUCAAAGAGACGCGGAGGAGAAACUUUCUUCAAUGGAGGCUGAAAUGCAAAAGGUGAGGGUUGAAAUGGCAGCCAUGAAAAGGGAUGCAGAACAUUACUCACGCCAGGAGCAUACGGAGCUGGAGAAACGCUACCGUGAAUUAACAGAUUUACUGUACUAUAAGCAAACGCAACUAGAGACUAUGGCAAGUGAGAAGGCUGCAGCAGAGUUUCAGUUGGAGAAAGAGGUCAAACGUCUACACGAAGCACAGGUAGAGGUAGAAAAAAGCAGAGUAUCGCGACGCCCAUCAGCAACUUGGGAAGAAGAAUCUGAGAUCAAAACACUCGAGUACGUGUUUAGCAAUGCCUCUUCCAUUGUAUCAUCGACACAUGGCUACAGCAAGCACACAGUUGCAAAAUGCAGUGAAGCUGUUAGACUCAGGAGCUGUAAGGGCAACGAGGUUCCUUUGGCGGUACCCGAUAGCUCGGAUAUUCCUACUUUUUUACCUUAUCUUUGUUCAUCUUUUCUUGAUGUAUCUAAUACACCGGCUCCAGGAGCAAGCCGAGGCCCAAGAAGUUGCGGAGGGCCUGACCAACAACGUUUUCAGACCAUGACAGAUGCUGCUUCUCACGAGUAA